CUGCCCGUUUCUCUCCUUUUGACAACUUUUUUAACGAGUUCCUUUUUCAAGAAUCCAGGUUUUCCCUUUGCUCUCGCCUCCGGAUUCCCCGUCUUCCUCUCGGCGUCGUUGCCUGUCUGUGCAGCGCCUGUUUUUUUUCUCAGAGAAGGAAGGACCGCAGAAACGGCAACUGCGUUUUUAUCAGGAUCUUCGGGACCUUGUUCCUCUUUCAUUUGUUUCCUCACUCUGGGGAGCUGCUUUUUUCAAGUCUCGGUCGUUUCUCGCUACUCAGCCAGCCACACGCGCGCGCCUCGCCUCGCUCCUCGCGGCUGUGCUCUUCAUGUCUCCGUCGCCAGUUCUCGAGUAACGACGUUAAACUUCUCCUUCUCUUCUCGCAGACAAGUCUGUUUCCUCUCUGCGGACCGUGGAAGUGCCGCUUCUCCUAGCUCUCUCCACUUGCUGCUUCGUUUCCACCUUCCUUCUCCGCUUUCUCCUCUCUUUUGCUUCGUCCUGUUUUCUGUGGUCUCCUUUUCUCGACCUCUCAGGUGUCUCCCGCAUCUUCGUGAGCGAAGAUCACUUUUCUCGUCUCCACCUUUGUUUUUUCAGUUCGUUUAUCGGGGAAGAAGCUCGUCACACGGCUGCGGGGCGGUCUCGGAAGACCCGUCUUUUUCCUCAAGUCGUUUCUGCGAAUCCGUAAUCACGUUUGUCUCCGUGCACUUCGGUCUUUCUCUCUUCAGUCCGUGGUGGAAACGCGCGUCUCCCGCUUCCCUCACUCGGUUGCUGUCUUUGUCUCUCCCCGCUCUGCUGUCCUCUCUUUGAUCGCAGGUCUUCUCUCUCUCUCUCUCUCUCCUUUCCCCUGGGCGGGGGUCUGCCUGGAUCUCUCUUCUUUCUUCUUUUGCCGUCCUCUCUCUUCCCCCUCGUUUUUUUCGUUUCCGCCUGCUUCUUCUCGCUCGUGUCUCUCCCUUCUUCACUCCCUUUUCUCUUCGUCUCCUCUCUUGCGACGAUGUGGGCACUGGCCUGCUUCCUGGUGGGGGGUGCGGCGUUCGCUGCGCGUCGCGGCCUGCGUCAGGCGGCGGUUUGGCGCGAGGCGAGGCCAUCAACUGCGGCGAAGACUGGCCAGUCCAAGUUCUCAAACAGUGGAGCGGAGUUUACGGCGCCGCUCUUCCUGUGGUGUCGUGAGAAGUUCGGCACAGCAAGCUCUCAGUGGCGCGCGUUGACCCGCGACCUGCGCGGCUUCGACAAUCCUAUGACGAAGACUGAAGCGCUCCAAAUCCUCAAGCUCUCCCCAACAGCCACGAAGGAAAAGAUCCUACAAACUCACAAGCAGCUGAUGUUGAAGAACCACCCUGACAAUGGCGGGUCGACCUACAUGGCCACAAAAGUGAACGAGGCCAAGGAGAAGCUGCUGAAGGACAGCCGGCGGUAAAGAGGAUCAAGAAAGUUCGUUUUCUCCAUCGCAAAGCGCGUUCCUUUAUUUUCUCUCUUGUUUCUCUGCGCUUUCCUUUUCUGUGCGCCCCUGCUCCUGUCCAGCUUUCGACUUCGCUUCUUGCAUAUGGUCAGUUCUGCGGCGUCUGUCUCUGCGUCUGGCGAAGCCUCUCUUGUUUUCGGUGGUGGCGUUUCUUUUCGAGCUGCUCUUCAGCUUGGUCCGUUCUGUCGUUUCAAAAGUUUUAUUUUUCCUCUUCCCCACUCUUUUCUCCGGUUUUCAAUUCGCAACAUGCCGGCUGUUUUUUGGCGGGCAUCACAGCACACGCGCGUCUGUAUGCGAUUCGACGCACCGUUUUCGACGUCAAGAACAGAUCGACUUCUCAAUCUUUUCCACCUCUA